AUGUCUUUAUUUUUUUCAACUUUAUAUUUUCUUAAAUAUAUUACAUUCCCUUUAAUUUUAAUUUCCACUAUUUUCUUAGAAAAGCAAAAUUUUGUUGAAGCAAAUUGUUGUGGUGGAUGUUGUUGUUGUAAGCCUUGUUGUUGUGGAUGUACCUGUGUUGGACCUUGUCAAUGUUGUAACCCUCCUUUGUUGAUUAAAUUACCGAGGUAA